UCCCCAACUGGUUGUGCAGUAUAGCACCGUUCCCGUUGAAUUUAACGUAAAAACGUACUAUAUGCAGACCAGACUUGGAAACCGCAUAUCUGCUGCAGUUGUCAGAUGAUAUACUCUCACCUUGAAGCGGCAAUCUGCAGUUUAAACAACAACAAAGGUUAACCCGCCACAGAUUUGGCAAACGGCUGAGGCUGGAGAAUUGUAACCACGGAAUUCAAAGACAGAGCUAUUGAUUAAAGAACUGACCAUCCAUGAGAUCAUUAAACGUUUUAACCAUGUUUUGAAACUAUACAGAGUUUGUUUACAAAGGAGUAAAACAAGUGUAUAUUUUGGAUUCUGAUGGGGUUACAGUUUAACUAAGUCCAUGAACAAUGUGUAAGAUAUACUCUACAAUAAUCAAUUGCUAUAUAUCAUUCAUUUAAAUGUCCGAAAAUGUUACAAUCGCAGAUUGCCCCUUAACCAUGCUCACAGGCGCUACCCCAAAGAGUUAACCAUGCUCACAGGCGCUACCCCAAAAGAGAAACAGGAAGUUAUGGAGAAGUUGCAACGAUGUUGCCUGUAAAGUUGCGCCCAUUUGAAUUGGAACGCACAAGUUCCUAGGCUAGUGCCAUAUCAGCGAAAAGGGCACAAUGUUGUCAACAUUGCUCCUGCUUGGUCUGGUCGUUUCAUGUGAGUCAGACUUCGCUCCAGCUGUGGUCAACGUCAGCUUGGAUGAUCCCCCAGAAGUGCGAUGGGCGCCUCUAUUUAAAGUUUUUGAUGUCGACUACCUGGUGAAAGCAGGUGCUGAAGUGAUUGAUGCCACUGUUCCAAAAUGGGUGCAUCAUGCGGUAACUCCGAUUGUGGAGGCCUUGGAGAAGUAUGUACCUCCUCCAUACGCAGGGGAGAUCAGAGGAAUGGCCUCAUAUUUUCGAGGGAGCCUUUCCGAUGUCAUCCUUCUCAACUUUGCCUAUGAAAUAUCAGCGUUUUGCACUAGUAUUGUAGCUCAGGACACAAGUGGACGUUUGUAUCAUGGCAGGAACCUUGACUACCCACAUGAUAUACUCCGGAAUCUCACCAUCAAUGUUCUCUUUCUCAAAAAUGGAACGGUGGCUUAUCGUGGUACGUCUUUUGCUGGCUAUGUCGGGCUGUGGACCGGACAGAGUCCAAAUAAAUUCACAGUCUCUGGUGACCAGCGUGGUGAAGACCACUGGUGGAAUUGGUGGAAGAACUGGGUCUCUGCUUUCCUGCUGAAAAGAUCUCCAGUCAGCUGGCUGGUGAGAGAGACGUUGGAGGAAGCAGCAGACUUUCAGGAUGCUGUGAUGCGGCUGUCCAAAAUCCCAAUCAUCACAAGUGUGUACUACAUCAUUGCCGGAGUAAAGCCUGGGGAAGGAGUGGUGGUUACCAGGGACAGGAAGGGCCCAGCUGAUAUCUGGCCUCUGGAACCCUUAAAUGGAGGGUGGUUCAGAGUAGAGACCAACUUCGAUCACUGGCUGCCGCCUCCUGCAAAGGAUCAUCGCAGAGAUGCAGCCAACAAAGCAUUAAAUGCAACUGGUCAAGAUAAUAUCAAUAUGGAUACAAUGUAUAAGGUCCUGUCAAUGAACCCAGUAUGUAACAGGAUUACUGUUUUCACAACAACAAUGAGUGCAGCCAGCCCUGAGAAAUACAACACAGAGGUCAGACCAGAGGGCUGCCAUAGCAAUGAAUAAUGCUGAGUCGUGGACCAAAACCAUGAUUAUGUUGUUGUCCAGAAAGGGCAGAGCAGAGAUUUUCUGCAUUAAAAGUGCCUUUUUUAAAUGUUUUAUUCCAUGAGUUGUUUGUCAUGUAUUUUUUUAGGUGAUAAAAUGUAUAUAUUUUUUACCCAAAAUGUUAUUUGGAAAUAUGAAUUAUGAUUAUGUCCACACACAUUGAGUCUAGUGUUUUAGAGGGGUGAACAUGAUUAUAUUUAAAUAAAGCUCAUUUAAUUUUGAUUUAAUUUUUAAUUCAUGCAACAGAAAAUGCCUUAUGUGAAUUUAUACAGAUCAUCCACUGUCAAAAUGAGUAAUAAAACUA